GUUGCCCCGAGUGAGGAAGCCCAACCUGCACUUGGACCGUGGACAGGAUUUGAACCGGUGCGCUUGGAGACUCCUCGGACCCCAAAGCGCGCAUGGUCCCACUGUACCACGGCUGCUUUUGAAAAGUCAAGAGAUUUCAGUGGAUAACAAUCCUAACCAUAAGAUUGCUCUUGAAAGUUAUGAUCAGCAUGCCUGGGGUGGCUGCAGCAGCAUGGAGUAUGAGACACCUUAUUAUACCAUAGAUUAUGGACAGUGCAUCUGGAAUAGCAGCAGCAGCGGUGAAGUACCUUAUGCCACAGGUUAUGACCAGUACAUCAGUAGCAGCAGGCUACAUGAAGCACCUUAUGGUACAGGUUAUGGCCAGUAUAUCAGUAGUACUAGGAUGCAUGAAGCUUCUUAUUACAGUACCAAUGACUACAGGUUGCAUGAAGCACCUUAUGCUACAGAUUAUGACCAGUACACAUGGAACAACAGGAAGCAUGAAGUACCUUAUUAUAGUACAGGUCAUGACCAGUACACCAGUGGCAGCAGGGUGCAUGAAGAGCCUUUUUAUAGUACAGGUCAUGACCAAUACACCAGUGGCAGCAGGGUGCAUGAAGAGCCUUUUUAUAGUACAGGUCAUGACCAGUACACCAGUGGCAGCAGGGUGCAUGAAGAACCUUUUUAUAGUACAGGUCAUGACCAGUACACCAGUGCCAGUAGGGUGCAAGAAGAGCCUUGUCAUGCUACAGGUCAUGACCACUACUCCAAUAGUUGGGACAGCAGGAGGAUGGAUGAAGUACUCAAUCAUGCCACAGGUUCUCACCAUUAUAGAGAGAGAAGCAGCUGCAGCAGCAGCAGCAGGGAGGUGACCAAAGCAUCUGAUCACACAGAUUCUGGACAAUAUGCCAGAAGCAGCAACAACAGCAGGAAGGUGUGUGAAGCCGCUGACAGUACCACAGAUUCUGACCAGCUUACCCAGAGCAGCAGCCACAGCAGCAGGAGGGUGAUUGAAGUGCCUGCUGAACAAGAUAUGUGGGAAUGAUGUUUGACUGUAUGGCAUCAAGCAAAUGGUCUUUGAUCUGUGAUUAAUUUUUUUAUAUGUAACAAUAAGGCUACUUUUAGCAAAAAAAAAUUUGGUAUCAAUAAAAGAAAAGUAUAGAAAUAACAAUCUUUAAAGAACAAUUGUUUUUAUCACUGUACCAAUUGUUUUUAUCACAGUAAUAGUUUCACUGAUAUGAUGGUCUAGACUCUAGAAUCAUCAAUUCAAGGAAGUCUUUUAGAUUCAGAUAAUUUAUUUGUGUAUAUUUUUUUACAAUAUGAACUUAAUUGUGACCACAUUCAGUCAACAGCAUUAACAAAACUCGUAUUUUCAAAUCUAGCUUGACAGUAUAACAUCAAUAUUUACUAAAAGAAAUAAUUUUAAGACAAGCAGUUUUUUUGUCUUGUGUUUUAUGGAUUUUAAAUUUGUAUGAAUGCUUAAUAAAGAAUAAUUUUGCAAUGUU